AUGGCUGAUCCUACGAUCGAGCAUCCUUUACUGGGUAGUAUUCUUGGUGUCAAGAAAUCAGAGGAGGUUGUCCAGUUUCUAGGUAUCCAAUAUGCCACUCUGAAAGACAGGUUCUCUCGUGGAGUUCUACUCCGCUCCUUGACACGCAUGCCUGGUAAUAACGUUGCAAGUGUUUUUGACGCAACGAAGAGUGGACCUAUCCCACUGAAUCCUCCAAAUGCGUGUGCACUGGAGCAAUCUAUUUUCGUUCAGAAAAGCAUUCCUUUUACACCGUGCGAACAGUCGGAUACGGAAGGGUUGACGCUCAAUAUCAGUGUACCAGCAGUCGUCCGUAACUCCAAUGGCCUACCGGUCUUCACCUUCGUGCAUGGUGGUGGUUGGGUGACAGGCAGCACAGUUUAUCCCCAAUAUGACUUGGCUGCAAUUACAAGACUGAGCGUUGAAGCGGGUAUGCCCAUGAUCUCCGUGGGAAUCAGUUAUCGUACUGGCGCCGCGGGUUUCAUGCACUCAUCAGUGAUGGCACAGCACGGCUACUUGCCGAACAAUGGUCUUGAUGACCAAAGACUUGCAUUCCGCUGGAUCAAGCAGCACAUCUCUGGCUUCGGUGGCGAUCCAAACCGUGUGACAUUCGUUGGGGAAAGCGCGGGAGCUGUGGCUGGCUGGCUUCAUUUGCAAUCAUCCGAGUCGCUCUUUUCUCAGAUGGUUUCCAUGAGUGGAUCAUCAUUCAUACAACCGAGACCUAUGGUGAUGCUCGAAAAGUCAUUCUCAUUGGCCGCUGCAGCUUUUGGUGCUGAGGACGUCUCACCCGAUGCUAAGCUCCAGAAGUUGCUAGAAGCACCACAGAGUGACUUGGCUGCCCAAGUACUACCUGUGGGGCCAUUGUUCGAUGGCGAUCUCAUUCGCAAGAUAACGAGGUUCAAUGAAUUGCUUGAACCCCAUGAUUUUGAAGAUUCUUUUCCGGCCAUGCUGCAUUGCAAGAAACUUGUGAUGGGUGACUGUCAGAUGGACGGCAUGGGAUUCUACACUCGAGUCAAGACAAGGACCGAUGUGCUACCGCAGGCAUUAGCUGAAUCCCUAGGCAUGGAAUUUGACCGUACUGACCCCAGCAUAACUCUUGGAAUGCUGGCGGCUUAUGGACUGGACGCUGAUGCCUCAUGCAACACCCAAGAAACAACAAGGUCGGUUGUCCAACUUCUCGCGGACGUGUUAUUCUCCCUUCCAUCACGCUAUUUAGCACAAGCAUGGGCUACCUCUCCCCGCCCUGGGGUUAAAGCGUACCUUUAUCAUUUCAAUUGCCCGAAUCCGUGGGAAGGGCCAUGGCAGGGUCACGCUACUCAUGCCUUGGACAUUAUGUUUGUGCUACAGAACUAUGCACAAUAUCUUGAUAAGGGUCAGGAGGAAUGUGCACUACGAUUCUCUAAGGACUUGAUCUCAUUCGUCAACGGCAAUGAUCCGUGGCCCGCAUGUGAGCCUGGUGGGCAAUCAAACGCAAUGGUCUACUAUGCACCCAUGGAAGGUGACCUUGACCAAUCUAAAUAUGUCGUGGACGGCAAUCCCGCAUCAACAGGUCGUAAGAACGACCUAGUUGAGUUAGUGGGGGAAGAGAGGCUAGAUAAGCUGGUCGAAGCCUGCCAGCACUUUCUAAUUGGCCCUCACAAAUAA